AUGGCAUCAUCGUUUUCAUAUAUAUCACAACCUCUAAAACAUGAACAUAUUCUCAAUGAAUUUCAAGCAAUAACAGGAUUAAAUAUUGAUGAUGCUAUUCAUUUUCUUGAUUUAUACAAUUGGAAACUUGACAAUAUUAUCAAUGAUUAUUAUGAUGGAAUUAAAUUGAAACACAAUUCUGACGAAAAUUCCAGUUUAGGUACAUUUUAUUCUAAUGAUGAUUGUACUCAACAACAGAAUGUGGAUAGUGAUCGUCAUUAUGCUGAGUUAUUACAUUUAUAUGGUGAUGCUGAUGAAUGGACAAGACAACAACAACAGCAACAACAACAGCAACAGCAACAUCAACAUCAACAGCAACACAAAUCAUCACAAGAAUUCAUUAAAGAUACACCUAUUUAUCAUGAAAAACAACGUCUGAUGAAAUGUGGUCUUCAUUCAUUAAAUAAUCUUUUUCAAAUCCCCAAAUUAUUUACAUCUCAUCAUUUAGAAAUGAUUGUACGUGAUUUUGAUAAAAGAAAUUUUUUUAAUGAUUAUCGAACAUUAUGGUUAGGAAAUUAUGAUUUAAGAGUAUUAAUCGAAGCUAUUAAUCGGUGUGGUUUUGAUGUUCGACAGUUAAAUAUCUAUCAUGGAGAAUCAAUUUAUCAUCUUCCAUGGGAUUCAUAUUUUGGUUUGUUGAUUAAUUUGAAUGGUACUCAUUGGUUUACAAUUAAGAAUCAUAAUGGAAUUUAUCAUAAUCUAGAUUCAACACUUCGAAAACCUAUACAAAUUGGAGGAAAAGAACGUCUAAUUCAAUAUUUAAUUAAUCUUAUACAAAAAACGCGAACUGUUUAUUUAUUUGUUGUAUCACAACAAAUGAAUGGAAAAGAAAAAUUUUUGUUUUAA